AUGCGGAUUGUGGCCAGUGCAGGUCUCUGCUCAGCCUGUCUGCUCUGUGUCCAAGCCGUGUCAGAGCAUUACGUCUCAGGCAGGCAAACUGUGAUAGACCCAGGACUGAAGCGGCUCACAGGAUGGCAGCUAACGCAGAUUGUAGUCGGGGCCUGGAUUCAGCUCUGCCUGUAUGCUCUGUGUCACAGAUGGGCCAUCCUGCAAGAAAAAACUCAAGAAGGUUCUAGAAUCAAAGAAUUUCUAAUUCAUGAUGGACCCUUUGGAUCUUGUGAAAAUAAGUACUGUGGCUUGGGAAGGCACUGUGUUAUCAGCAGAGAGACGAGGCACGCAGAGUGUGCUUGCAUGGAGACUUGCAAACAGCACUACAAACCUGUGUGUGGAUCUGAUGGGGAAUUCUAUGAAAACCACUGUGAGGUGCAUAGAGCUGCCUGCCUGAAAAAGCAAAAGAUCACCAUCGUUCACAAUGAAGACUGCUUCUUUAAAGGAGACAACUGCAUGGCCACUGAGUACAGCAAGAUGAAAAGUAUGCUUUUAGAUUUACAAAAUCAAAAGUACAUUACACAAGAAAAUGAGAAUCCUAACAGUGAUGACAUAUCUAGGAAGAAGUCGUUGGUGGAUCAAAUGUUCAAGUAUUUUGAUGCAGACAGUAAUGGACUUGUAGAUAUUAAUGAACUAACUCAGGUGGUUAAACAGGAAGAACUGAACAAGGACCUUUCUGACUGUUCUUUGUACGAUCUGCUCAAGUAUGAGGACGUCAAUGCUGACAAACACCUGGCUCUGGAGGAAUUCUACAGAGCAUUUCAGGUGAUCCAGUUGAGUCUGCCUGAGGAUCAGAGAGUAAGCAUUACUGCAGCUACCGUGGGACAAAGUGCUGUUCUGAGUUGUGCCAUUUUGGGAGCUCUGAGACCCCCUAUCAUAUGGAAGAGGAACAACAUUGUUCUAAAUAACUUAGAUUUGGAAGACAUCAAUGACUUUGGUGAUGAUGGGUCCUUGUAUAUCACCAAGGUUACCACAGUUCACAUGGGAAAUUAUACGUGCUAUGCAGAUGGCUAUGAAAAUGUCCAUCAGACACACAUCUUCCAAGUAAAUGUUCCUCCAGUCAUCCGGGUAUAUCCAGAGAGUCAGGCCAGAGAACCUGGAGUUACUGCAAGUCUUAGGUGCCAUGCAGAGGGCAUACCAGACCCUCAGCUUGGCUGGCUGAAGAAUGGAAUUGACAUAACACCAAAGCUCUCCAAACAGCUCACACUUCAAGCAAAUGGCAGUGAGGUCCAUAUAAGCAAUGUGCGCUAUGAAGAUACAGGAGCAUAUACAUGCAUUGCUAGGAAUGAAGCAGGCGUGGAUGAAGACAUCUCUUCACUUUUUGUAGAAGAUUCUGCUAGGAAGACCCUAGCUAACAUAUUAUGGAGGGAAGAAGGUCUGGGAAUUGGGAACAUGUUCUAUGUUUUUUAUGAAGAUGGAAUCAAAGUAAUACAACCCACGGAAUGCGAAUUUCAGAGGCACAUUAAGCCUAGUGAAAAGCUUCUUGGAUUUCAGGAUGAAGUCUGUCCCAAAGCUGACGAGGAUGAAGUUCAGAGAUGUGUGUGGGCUUCUGCUGUUACCGUCAAAGACAAGUUCAUUUAUGUCGCUCAGCCAACUUUGGAUAGAAUCUUGAUUGUUGAUGUGCAGUCUCAAAAAGUUGUACAGGCAGUAAGCACAGACCCUGUUCCAGUUAAACUGCACUACGACAAGUCACAUGACCAGGUUUGGGUGCUGAGCUGGGGAAGCAUGGAGAAGACAUCCCCAACUCUGCAGGUGAUAACCUCGGCCAGCGGGAAUGUGCCGCACCACACUAUCCACACACAGCCAGUUGGGAAACAGUUUGACAGAGUGGAUGACUUUUUCAUUCCUACCACAACACUGAUUAUCACCCACAUGAGAUUUGGAUUCAUUCUUCAUAAAGAUGAAUCUGCACUACACAAAAUUGAUCUUGAAACCAUGUCCUACAUCAAAACAAUUAACCUGAAAGACUCAAAGUGCAUUCCUCUGUCCUUGGCAUACACCCAUCUGGGAGGAUACUACUUCAUUGGCUGCAAGCCUGACAUCACGGGAGCCCUUCCACCACAGCUUGUGGUGGAUAGUGUGACUGACGCGGUCAUUGGUUUCAACAGUGAUGUGACAGGCACCCCUUACGUGUCUCCAGAUGGACAUUAUCUUGUCAGUGUUAAUGAUGUGAAAGGUCUGGUAAGAAUCCAGUACAUCUCCAUUAGAGGAGAAAUCCUGGAUGCUUAUGACAUCCACACCAACCUGCACAUAUCUGACCUAGCCUUCCAGCCAUCUUUCACAGAAGCCCACCAGUACAACAUCUAUGGUAGCUCAAGCCAACAAACAGACGUGCUCUUUGUGGAGCUCUCCUCCGGCAAGGUCAAGAUGAUCAAAAGCCUUAAAGAACCUCUCAAGACGGAAGACUGGCCCUGGAGCCCGAAAAACAGGCACAUCCAAGGCAGUGGCCUGUUUGGACAAUACCUGAUGACACCUUCCAAAGAUUCUCUCUUCAUUCUGGAUGGCCGCCUUAAUAAGUUAAACUGUGAGAUCACCGAGGUUCAGAAAGGAAACACCGUUGUUUGGGUUGGAGAUGCCUAAGGAGCCCUAUUACCUAAUUAUGGAGGAAGAGUUUUACAGCGCAUUGCACUUGAUCCAUACUUAAAUUACAACUUAACUUUUCCAAGUUUAUAACGUAGUCGAAACCCCCUUUGUUCAAAUAAGCUAGAUAUUUUUAAACAAUGAUAUUGGCUGGUUAGGAACAUUUCAUAAAUAUUUAAUUAGAAAUUACAGCACUCACAAGAAUCAAACAUGUAGCUAUAUUUUAAACCCAUAAAAUGAGAUUUAAAAUUCUUAAAAAAAAAUAAGUAAACUGCAGGGAAUUUCAGAUGACCUAAGCAUCAUGUCAUUUUUUAAGGUAUUUUAUUUUUCUCUGUCCUUUUGCUAUGCUUAAAUCAGAAAUAAAAGGUCAUGUGGAACCUUAAAAUUCUUAAUUCAAAAUAGUCUGUCCCGUCCACUGUUUAAAAUCUUUUGUGCCUUGAAGGAAAUGUCAUAGGAGAAAAAGGAAGGAUAAACUCUGCAUAUUGGACAACCUCAUAGCAAUGAAUCUACUGUCAUUAAGAAAUGUUUAUAACUUGCGCCAAAUCCUGCCUUCAGGCAUUUGUUUGACCUUCAAUGAAAUGUCAUAGGAAGGCAUAAUUUGGCCUUGGGCCAUAUACAGAUGAGAAACUAUAUAAAAUUCACUGUACAGUGCGCAUUCUGCUAUAGAAAAUGGACAGGAAGGGAGAAAAUAUGUAUGUUGAAAAUCAUUUGCAAUGUAAUGUGUGCACAUUUUUCUUUCAUUCACUAGGGUGCAUUACGUGAUUAAUGUAAGUUUAUCUGAGAAUUAAACUGCUUACAGAAAGUCUCUUUUAUUAUUAUCAGGAUUGAUUCUUUUAGGUAGCCUGAUGUUGCCUAAAUCAGUAGCUUUCUUCAUUUUGAUAAAGGAGCAUUGCUGUGUCUGCACAGAAAGAACCAGUUGUAGGAAGAUUUACAGUGAGACAAAACUGGACCCAUUCUCUGUAGUGCAAUGGCCUACAUCCUCCUCAGACAACAUUCACCUGGUUGGUC